GCUUGCUCACGGUAGACAACGCCCGAACAUCAGCGAGCUCCCGUCAUCAUCCUAAUGAUUUCGGUGAUGCAACAGAUGAUGAACAAUUCUAAUAUGCCACCCCCAUUUGUGAAGAGCUCUGAUUCUCAUGAAACUCAUGAUGAAUCACCGACGUCUCCGUUCAUUAAACGUUCGGAUUCUCCUGCAACAACGUCUUCGGCGGCAGCAGCAGCAAUGCAACACAACUUUUGGUCGACAAGAGCUGCACAACUGCAGCAAUCUGUAUCUGGAUCAUCUGGUGUUUCUAGUGGUUCCAGCAGUUCUGCAUCGAACAAUUUAUCAAGGACACAAGCGGACAAUCAUUCGGAACGAGGAUCCGACACUGCUUCCAGUCCUCAGGUUGCACCACUCCCAACGAGCAGUGGUAUGUCAAUGCCAGCAGCGGCUGCAGCCGGAAUGUACCCAUUCAAUGCUGGUCGAUUUCCAACAGAGUUUAAUAUGAUGGUUAAUCAAUCAAUGUACAAUGAUUUCUAUUCAAAUAGUCUUGCUGCAUCUUCUUGGCCAUACUCUUAUCCACAACAAUAUCCGUUUGCAAACUACUCAAUGCCAAGUUUAGAUGGAAAUUUGAAUGACGGUGGUCAACUAGAAUGGACGUCCUCUUCACACGCAAUGCGUAAAAAGAGGAAGCCGUAUACGAAAGCGCAGACAUUGGAGUUGGAAAAAGAGUUUUUGUACAAUACCUACGUCAGUAAGCAGAAGCGGUGGGAACUUGCAAAGUACUUGCAUUUGACUGAGCGACAAGUCAAAAUUUGGUUCCAAAACCGACGAAUGAAAGAUAAGAAGCAAAAGCAACGAACAUCUGGAGAUCCAACUGGAAUGCUGAUGCCACCUGGAUUGGAUUAACUCGAAAUACUUUAUUGUAAUUGCCCCACCUCACGCGGUGCCUUUCUGUCCCAUUACGGUUUGAUCUACAAAAAAUGCGGGAAUUUUUCGCCCAAAAAAUGUGACGUCAGCACGUUCUUAACCAUACGAAAUCAGUUGAGAAUUCUGCCGCAUUUUUUGUAGAUCUAAGUAGAUCAAACCGACAUGUGACACUCUGACACCACGUGCCACCUGGGUCUAAAUUUGCCAAAAACCAUACCAACUUGAAAUGUUUCCUGAAAAGUUUUCUGUUUCCUUUUAGGUGAAUAUUGAACUUCUUUUUUUUUCUUCCAUCUCUCUCUCUCAACCUUAGCUCAAAUGUUCUACUUCAUUAUAUCACCACCAUUGAUCCGCAUUUAAUAAAUUCAAU